AUGUUCCAGCUUCUGGGUCCAGCUGGUCCUGUCAUUGCUGUAGUUGGUGAAGAUGUUGUUCUGCCCACUCACCUCAAACCCAACAUAAGUGCAGAGGAUAUGCGCAUAGAGUGGUUCAGACUGUAGAACAGAGACCCACUGGUGCAUCUCUACCUUCUGGGAGAGAGCAGGAAUGAGCCCCAGAACCCAUCGUACAGCGGAAGGACCACACUCUUCCCUGAGGAACUGAGGAAGGGCAAUACGUCUCUGAGGCUGAGCAGGGUCCAGGUCUCUGAUGAGGGGCAGUAUUCAUGUUACAUUCAGUCCAAGUCUGACAAUAAUUACCGCAUCAUGGUUUCACUGGAAGUAAGAGCUGUAGGAACUGAGCCAGUGAUCUUCAGGGAAGCAGAUGAAGAAGGGGAGGUUGGCCUGCUGUGUGAAUCUAAAGGCUGGUAUCCUCAGCCUGACCUCAUCUGGCAGGACAGUGAGGGUCACAAUCUCACCACUGAGAAACCCGAGAUACUCAGGGACAGCCUGAGCCUCAUUGUCAUAAGAACAUGUGUCGUCAUAUAG